AUGUCCACUGCUGCUCCAAAGAAUCUUGUCUACAAGUUCACCAACGAUUGCUCGGAUCCCGAGCUGUUUGCCAAGUGGGCUCCUGAAAUUGAAAAGUACCGUGCCGCAUUGGCUGCAAAUACUCUUGACGAGUACAAGAGCGAAGUGCCUGAAUUUGCGGACGAUGCAGUUUUCAAUGCGGUAGCGUAUCUUUACGAUAACAAGCUUUUGUCUGAGGAUGAAUUCAAGCUCACAGAUACCCCGGCCACGGAGCUGGUUUCGCUCAUGGGGAAGGGCCUGUUGACAGCUGUGGAGGUGUUGAAGGCUUUUGCUCACCGUGCUGUGAUUUGCCAGCAGUUCACUGCUUUUGCCAUGGAAUUUUUCAUUGGUGAGGGUCUCAAGCGUGCCGCGGAAUUGGACGCGGAAUUUGCCAAAACCGGCAAAUUGACCGGCCCUCUACAUGGUAUCCCCAUCUCUCUCAAGGAACAAAUCGGUCAUGCCGGAAAGAUCACCAACGGAGGCUGGGUUGGCUGGCUCACAAACAUUCCCAAGGAGGAUGCAGUCACCGUCACCGUCCUCAGAAACCUCGGUGCUGUGUUUUACGUGCGUACUAACCAACCCCAGAGUCUGAUGCAUUUGGACUCCAACAACAACAUUGUUGGAAGAUCACGCAAUCCUUACAACCUCAAGCUGACCCCAGGAGGCUCCAGUGGAGGAGAAGGUGCCUGUGUGUCGUUUGGAGCGUCUCCUCUCGGAGUCGGUACCGAUAUCGGUGGUUCGAUUCGUGCUCCAGCUGCCUUCUCUGGAUGCUGGGGUUUGAGACCUUCUACCAGGAGAAUCUCUACUCUUGGAGGUGUUUCCUCGGGUAAGGGCCAGGAAUCUGUUCCUUCCGUUGCGGGACCGUUGGCUCGUGAUCUGGAUGAUGUGGAUCUGUUCAUGAAGGCGUAUAUCAACGACGGUAAGCCAUGGGAUUACGACCCUUGGUGUAUUCCAGUCCCCUGGCGCUCGCUUGAAAAGCCCGACCCAAAACAGAUUACUGUGGCUAUAAUGUACGAUGACGGACUCGUGAGACCCCACGCACCUAUUGCGAGGGGCCUCAAGCAUGUCGCGGAGAAAUUGACUAGUGCUGGUGUCAAGGUGGUGGAAUUUGAUCCUAUUCGCACCAAAGAGGCCUACGAAACCGUCAACAAAAUGUACUCUUGUGAUGGUAACUUUUUCCAGAAGGAUAUGGUGAAACCUUCUGGAGAGCCUCUCCUUCCUCUUACCGAGUGGGCUCUCUCUUUUGGUGAUGGUGACAAGUCCUACAGUGUCGUCGACAACCGCUUCCUCAAUGUUACCAGAGACUCUUUGAGAAAGGAUUAUCUGGACUACUUUGUCCAGAAUAAAGUCGACUUCAUCAUCUCGCCGACAUACGUUGGUACUGCGCCUGUUGGUGCCUACGAUGGUGUUGAGGGCCCAUACUACUGGGGUUACACCUCUCUGUGGAACAUCCUGGAUUUGCCUACUUUGGUGUUCCCUACAGGUCUUCACCAGGACCCAUCUAUUGAUGUUGCUGAGAAAAUUGAGCCCAGGUCCGAGCUUGAGAAGAUCGAGCAUGACAAGUAUAUUCCUGCGAACUUCAGGGAUGCUCCUAUCAAUCUGCAGCUAACUGCUAGAAGAUACUUUGACGAGGAAACCGUUGCUUUUGGCAAAGUUCUGAGAGACAUUUUGGAGUUGAAGCAUUAA